UGUCUUUUAAAAGACACGUGUUUAUCCAAGUGUAAGCAAUCUGUUGUCCCCGUGUGAGCACAAAUGGAUCUGUAAGGAGCCGAAAGAUGUCAUUCUCACUACACCUGUACUGCCGCCUCCUGGACGGACGCGACUCCUUUGCAGCGACUGUACUAUAAGUGAACGGACAGCUUAUGAGCCCCACAAAGCGAGAGAACCACACACAAGGAGCGGGAUGGCGAGGAUAUUAGUGCUGCACCUUCGCGUCCUUCUCGUGGGUCUGUUAUUAACAGGCUCCUUGACUGUCCAGGCAAACAGAGGGGCGACAUCGCCUGACGAGGAAAGGGACAGGGAGAGCGACACGGAGACGCCAUGUGAGGUGAAAACCGUCACCGUUUCAACCCUGCCCGUACUCCGGGAGAACGAAUUCAGCUUCACCGGCGGAGCCUCGGGGAACGUGGUCGGAGGAGGGGGUGCUGCUGAAGCAGGUGGUGUUGGUGGAGGAGGAACUGGAGGAGGAACUGGAGGAGGAGGAGCAGGAGGAGGGGGGGAAUCCAGACUUCUAUUAUUCGUUAGAACAGACCUACCUGGGCGAAUUUCCGUAAUGGAUGAUCUUGACAACACGGCUCUUCCCUACUUCACACUCGAGAUGUCUGGUACUGGGGAAGAAAUUUCUCAGGUACAUUGGAAGCAGCAGUGGUUGGAAAAUGGGACACUGUACUUCCAUGUGUCCAUGACUGAGUCUGAGCUUUUAGCUCAGACCACACAACCUACUGCCCGGGAACCAGCCCACGUGCUGCAUGAACACAUGCAUCUGCUACACAUCUCAGUUAUGGGAGGCCUCAUUGCACUCCUCCUCCUAAUCCUCCUUUUCACCCUUGUGCUGUAUACCCGCCAUCGAUGGUGCAAGCGUCGCCGUAUCCCCCAAAAGAGUGCAAGUACCGAGGCCACACAUGAGAUCCACUACAUUCCCUCCGUUCUGCUCGGACCGCAGGGCCGUGACAGUUAUCGGGGUUCUCGAAGCACACAUCAGCAUGGCAGCUCUGUCAUUGGAAUGCCUAUUCGUGAGACUCCAAUUCUUGACGAUUACGACUGUGAUGACGAGGUGGACGCAGGCGGGCACUCACUUAACUCCACACCCAACCAGAUCCACAACAAGCUUAGUGAUGGGAAGGUCCUAGAUGACUAUGGAGUUGGCAUCCAAGGACAUCCAGAUAUGAUGUGCAAAGAAGACGAUAUUAAGCAUAAUUUUGACAAACGAGCCAUUGACCCAAACACCGAGUCAGUCGAGGAUUUGAUGCAGAGAUUCCAGGACAGUUUCCGUGUUCCCAACACGCCAACAGACAUGUCUCACUACCAGCAUGUCAUGCACAGCUCGUCAACAGGCCGCCGGAGGGUCCUGAGCCACACCAGAGAGGCUGGAGGUGUGUUUGGUCCUCAAGGGGAAUCGGGAUCAGAGCCUGAAGAUGACAACCAAAUGAAGUUUUACACAGAGCAGCACAGAGGACGAAGGCGCAGCAAAGGCCAUCCACACAGUCCUCUAAAUAAGGUCACCUUGACACUGAUUACUAUCAGCACAUGUGUCAUUGCCAUUGUCUAUGCUACGCAGGAUUCCUGCCCCCUCACUGUUAAGGUCACCCUCCAUGUGCCAGAGCAUUUUGUUGCGGAUGGAAGUAGUUUUGUGGUGAGCAUGGGCAGUUUCUUGGAUGUUUCUAAUUGGUUAAAUCCAGCAAAGCUAACUCUCUACUAUCAGACCAAUUCAUCCACACAAUGGGUCCAGGAUUACUGCGGCCAGAGGACCACUGAACCCUGUGAGCAGAUUUGUGAUCAGGACACAGGAGAAUGUAGCUGUCAUGAGGGUUAUUCCCCUGAUCCCGUUCAUAAGCAUCUCUGUGUGCGCAGCGACUGGAGUCGCAACGAAGGUCCAUGGCCAUAUGCUAACUUGGAGAAAGGGUAUGACCUAGUUACAGGAGAGCAGGCCCCGGAGAGAAUCUUCAGAUCAUUCUACAGUCUGGGCCAAGGGCUGUGGCUGCCUGUCAGCAAAAGCUUUGUUGUGCCACCGGUGGAACUGUCAAUCAACCCCAUUGCCAGCUGUAAGACAGACGUGUUGGUUACGGAAGAUCCAGGGGAGAUCAGGGAAGAGGCCAUGAUGUCCACAUACUUUGAAAAUGUAGAGGACCUACUGGCAUCUUUUGGACCUGCCCGUGACUGCUCUAAAGAUAAUGGUGGCUGCAAAAAGAAUUUCAAGUGUGUGUCUGAUCGACAGUUAGACUCAUCUGGGUGCAUGUGUCCUGAGGGGCUGAGGCCAAUGAAGGAUGGCUCAGGUUGCUAUGACUACUCCAGGGGCAUUGACUGUACGGAUGGCUUCAAUGGAGGUUGUGAACAGCUGUGUCUCCAGCAGCUUGUGCCCCUUGAAGAUGACCCAAGUUCCAGCAACGUACUCAUGUUUUGCGGAUGCGUACAAGAGUACAAGCUGGCAGGCGAUGGGCGCUCCUGUCUCCUGCAGUCAGACAACUGUGAUGGACCAAAAUGCCCUAAGCAGGAUGUCUACUUCAAUGACACCCUGUUUGGUGAGAUGCUGCAUGGAUACAACAACAAAACCCAGCAAGUCAACUUGGGACAGAUAUUCCAAAUGACCUUCCGGGACAAUAAUUUUAUUAAGGACUUUCCUCAGCUUGCUGAUGGUCUCAUGGUUAUUCCUUUACCGGUAGAGGAACAGUGUCGAGGAGUCUUGUCAGAGCCCCUGCCCAACUUGCAGCUACUCACAGGGGAUGCCCAGUUCAGCGAGGCUGUUGGGUACCCUAUGGUUCAGCAGUGGAGAGUGCGCAGCAAUCUGUACAAAGUCAAACUCAGCUCUAUUACCCUAGCUACAGGCUUUUCUAAGGUGCUGAAGACACUGUCAACAGAGAGCACACGUGACGAGCUGCUGGCUUUUCUUCAGCAAUAUGGCAGCCAUUAUGUGUCUGAAGCCCUGUAUGGCUCUGAGCUCAGCUGCAGCAUUUACUUCCCCAGCAAGAAGGCCCAGCAGCAGCUCUGGCUGCAGUACCAGAAAGAGGCAACAGAGCAGGGUAUUGGUGGAGGCGGGCGUCGUGAGCUGAAGUCACUUCCCUUCAUCAGCUACCUGUCGGCGCUGCAGAAGAGCCAGCUUUUAUCUGAUGACAUGGUGAAUGGUGUGGAGAUCCGCUGUGAAGAAAAGGGCAGCUGUCCAGCUGGCUGCCACCUAUGCCAUCACCAGGCCAUGAUGGGUGGAGUAUCGGGAAGAGGCCGCACUGGUAACAGCAGGACUGGUGAACAGCCUUCCCCCAUCCCUGUUCUGCUGGAAGUCAGUCGCGUCGUGCCCCUUUACAGCUUGGUCCAAGACAACGUCACCAAAGAGGCCUUAAAGAGUGCCACAAUGAGCUCAUACUGGUGUGCUGGAAAGGGCGAUGUCAUCGAUAACUGGUGUCGCUGUGACCUGAGUGCCUUCAGCAAAGAUGGCCUGCCUAACUGCAGUCCCCUCAGGCAGCCGAUUUUGCGCCUAUCCCCUUACCUGGAGCCCUCAAGCACAAUGGUCGCCCUGGAGUGGAUGGAUGUGGAGCCUCUGAUUGGCUGCAAAGUUUCUGACUACAUCAUCCAGCACAAACGAGUGGAGGAUCCCUCAGAGGCAGAGAUCUACACAGGUGAGGUCCUGAGCUUGAUGGAUGAUCUGUUUUCUGGUUUGGGUUCGUCCUGUGUUGUUGCUGGGAGGAGGAGUGGAGACCAUCCCCACUCUGUGCUAUAUUCAGUGGUCUUCAAGUGCCUGGAACCCGACAGCCUCUACAAGUUUACUCUCUAUGCAGUGGAUAGCCGAGGUAGUUACUCUGAAUCAAGCUUUGUCUCAGUACGGACAUCUUGUCCAGUGGUGGAUGACACGCGAGCAGAAGAAACUGCAGACAAGGUGUACAACUUGUAUAAUGGCUACACCAGCGGCAAAGAGCAGCAGAUGGCCUACAAUUUGCUGAUGGAGAUUCCUCCUCCACUGCUCUACAGAGUCCAGCAUCACUACAAUUCUCAUUAUGAAAAAUUCGGAGACUUUGUCUGGCGUAGCGAGGAUGAGCUAGGCCCCAGAAAAGCCAACCUCAUAUUACGUAGGGUGGAGAAGAUUAGCCUCUAUUGCCGGUCCCUCCUGCGCAGCACCCACAUCCAGAGCCGCACCGACACCAUGGCGUAUGUCUACUGCCGGAGUGAAGAGGCACGACCUCCCACCAAUAUGUGGCAUGGCUCUUUACAUGACAGUCGCACUGCCUGCAUGGAAAAGCUCAUUUCUGUACAGCGUAACACAUACAGCAGCACCAAACUCCGAUGAGACAGGAGUUACGAAAUGAGCAGUUGGUCUUUUGUUUUUUUCUUUUUUUUUGCAAAAUGACAUCACUGAUUGAUGUACCUCUUCAGUACACUCUGCAGCAGUUGCCUCUCACUCGACUGUUGCAUUUUGCAAAUCGAUUGAGGCUAAAAGAAAAAAAAAACUCUCACAGGACUUCAUUCACUGGACGUUGUGUUAAAGCUACCGAAAAAAAUAUUUUUGUGUGGCCUACUUUUAUUAUGAGAAAGAAGAUUAUCCCAGGAAAAAAAAAUCCCAGAACUGACAUAUUUCUCCAGUGAUGCCAGUGAUUGCACAUAUCAAUGAGAGACUGCAGAGUGAACAUGUAAAAUAUUAUUCAGACAAAAGAAAACUGGUUGACUUAAAUACUUUGAAUGUAAAAUCAUAGUUCCUUUUUGGUGCUUUGAAGCUUUCCUGGUACACUUAAAAGAAAGAGGAAAAAAAGGAAAUAUCCAUAGUAUAACUUAUUUGCCUUUACUACCUUCAUUCGAAAGGAGAAACUGAACUGUGUUAAAGCCAAAAUCACUUACUUGUUUUUAAGUUCACAUUAAUUAAGAAGAAUAACUACACUUUGCUUCAGGAAUUUAAAAUCGGUAAGUGAGAAAGCAUGUCGUUUGACUUACAUGACGUUCGAUUGAUUCACUUGAAACAGCAAGGACUUGUGUGGUAACAGGAUUGAUAUUUGCCUAGUGAAAUUAUUAUGCAAGACGGAGUAGGUGGCAUUCAGACAUUAUAUCCAGACUUUUGAGUUAGCUUUAAUUUUAUUGCUGAAAUGAAUGAAUCAUUUUCUUGUAUGACUUUCUCGAACUGCAGUACCUAUAGCCAUGUUAUAUUACUUAAGUAAUAUAAGACUAUUAGUAUUAGUAUAAAGAAUUCUGAUACUGGGGCGGUGGAUGAAAUCGAAUCUUAUAUCUAGACUUUUGCAAGUUCAUGUAAUGUGUUUGUAAUCUAAUGAUAAGUUAUUGCUUGUGACUGAAACACGACUUGUCAUUGUAGCAUAAGUCCUGCAAAUUGGAAAUAUACGAGACGCAUAUAAGAGAAGCAGUAACAGACCUAAGAUUAUAUCAGAUCUAAAGCUAAAACUGAAAAUGUUAACUGGUUUUCAAAAGUUCUGCCCUAACAGCAGAAUUUAUAAAUUUUUCAUAUUUUUGUUUUUGCAGAUAAAUAUAGCAAGCGUGAUAAUAAAGCAGUAGAUCUGACCAACAUUUUCCCAACAGUAGAAAACAGGACAAUUACUGCUGACCCACAUGUAAACAUGAGGUACUGUACACUGAAAUGUGAAGAAUCAGUGAUUGUAGGAAUCACAUGUGGUCUGUUUAAUCUUCUUGUUUUUCAGUCCAAUAACAUAUCUUCAAAGCCAUGGAUAUUGUUUAACUGAAGAUAAACAAUGCCUUUUCAAUAUGUUCAUCUCAUGUUGUAUGAAUUGUAAUAAUAAAUUAUUAUAUUGUAAAUUUUCAAUUGUAAAAAAAAUAUGUGUAUUAUUAUGUGGCUUUGUCUUUUUCUGAAGAAUGUGAAAUAUAAAAAAACAACAUGUAGAAAAUGAGAGGAUCUUUCUUUUUCCACUACAACAGACUUAAUCGUUUAGAUUUAAACCUGGGUCUCAGACAGAUCUGAACCACUUACUCAGUCAUCGUGAGUGGCUAAAACCCACAACAAACAUGUAUUCCAAUUUUUUUGCCACAUCUGCAAAUAAAAUGUUUUCCUUGUGUAUUUGAUUUUUUUUUAAAUUUUUUUUUUUUUUUUUGCAACGCUUUCCCCAUUUUCAUUUUAUUGGUUAUUUCCCACCUGGUAGUUAUUUUCCACCUGGUGUGCGAUUGUACUGUUGUAAUUAAAAAUACUUUUGUUUGGAAGCGCAUAUUUUUCAGUUAACGUCAGUUUCUGGUAACUAAUGCAAUCCAUUAAAAAAAAACAAAAAACAGAGAGAGACAAGGGGACUUUGAUGUGUCUUUCCAACACAAUAACGCUUGCAAAGUUAUUACUGUGAGUGAUUGGAUAAUUGUCACAACUUUCAAACUUAAAAGCCUGUUGAGUACUUUCAGAUUUGAUACGCUCACACUUCCUUGUUUAAUAUUGCUCAGUUUUUCAAAAGAAAAAGUGUAAACCCAUAUCUAAAACCUAUAGUGUUCAUGAAAUCAUUUUUUCUGUGGUAAGUAUAACGUUUUUUUUUGUGUUAAAACAUUCACAACUGAUGAUGGUUGUUGGAAAGUACUGCAUCUUUUGAAAUAUCUGCACCUACUCAACUUAUCCAUAUGCAUUUGCCUAUGGGGUAAUAUUCUUCCACCUGUGGAAGAAUAUUAACCAUAUCUGAUAGGAUAUGAGACUUUACACAGUGUUAGUUUAUGUGUAGACCUGCAAUUUUCUGCCCAAAAUAAAGUAUCUCAAUAUGUGUUUGAAGGAUCACCAUGAAAUUGUACGUAAUGGUCUCCAAAAAUCUUCAAAGCCAGUGACUAAUGAUCCACAGUAAUUUUCCUCUAGAUCAUCCAAAAGCUUGAUAUUGGAUGUUUUGAGUGCCGUAUCUCAAGAACUAUUUGAAGAAUUACAAAGAAUUUUCAAACAUUUAAAAACCAUGGAUCCAUCAUCCAUUAUAUGGGCACUGACAUCACUCAGUAGUCCUUGUUUUAUGACCUGUUACCUACACAGCUAAAGCACCUUCCACUUAUUUUAUGUUUUGUGGUAUUUCACAAAAUUUAGCAUGCUGACAUGGUAAACCGAAGUAGUGAUUAUGACUGCUGCAGACACCAUGGAUGACUAUUAAUGUCUGCUAUACUUGUGUCACAUCCACUUGAAGUCUGCCUCAUGGACGUAUGUAUGUUUAGUGUGGUGUUGUAUGAUUUCUGCCAAACAAGUCCACCCAAACAAUUGGAGUAUGAGGCUGACAUCCACAAAUUGCCUGGUUUUCACCUGUGGAUGAUGGAAUUUACAUCACUUGGAUUCAAGCAGUUUUCCCUAUUGUCAAUUAUGUGGGAAGCACGACCUGUUAAAAUAAUGUUAGAUGUAACAUUAUGUAAACCAAGGUUGCCAUUGCUGCCAGGCUACAGAAUCAGAAAAAUUCUGCAAAAAAAAAGAUAAUCAGUUUAUUCUAAGCAUCUGUCUUUGCACGAUUUUAUUACACUGGAACAAUAGUUUGAAUUUACAUUGUACUUUGUUUCAUCUAAUUAAUUAAAAUUAGGUUGAAGGAGUAAGCAGUAUUGAUUAUCAAUAUCCAGCAUGUAUCAACACACAGAAAAUGUGGUGUUUUAUAGUUGUGGUUGUGCUAAUUAAAUGUGGCUCAUAUGACUAAUGUGCCCGACUUGAAAUGACACGGACCUCACAGGAGAGAAGCCCAUGGUAUGCAAACCACUACAAUGAAGUUGCACAAUAUCGGAGCAAUAACUGGAUCACAAUUAAUUAGAAUGAAAGGAAAAUGAGGCGCUGAUGAAAAUGGCUGUAAGCAAUUGUAGAAUAGAGUGCAAUUCUGUUAUUUCUUAAGUUUUACCCAAUUUGCUGCAUGCUCUAGCAGAAAAAUAUUUACAUUGAGUUGGAAAGGGGGAAAUCAGUCACUGAACUACCAGCUAUCCCCUAUGAAUUACACUACCGGUAAAUUAUGUCAUUAACUGAAGGUCUUCAUGUGAGCUGCUGGGAAGCAUUUUCUCUUUCCACCUCCCUCGACAAACUAUUCCUUUACGCUCAGAUCCAGUUUCUUUCCAGUCAUGCAACAUUAACCGCACUUUAAAAAUCAGUAGUUUGAUGUUCAUUCUCACAAACUGGGCCAUUAGGCUCAUUCAAGAGCCAAGAGCACCACUCACAUUUCCAUGCCAAUGUAUCAAUGAAGGAUGACAGAAUGAACAAGAAUGAGUUCUAUAUAAAAAAAUCUUCCAUUGUGUGCAUUAAAGCUUAGGUCCUCUCCUAUAAGCCUGGAACUCUGAGGAUUCUGCGCAGUAUCUUAAUUGUUCCUAGGACUCCACUCUUCUGGAUAGGCACCUCUAUUUUGUGUCUGGAAUCUGCUGGAGCCACACUUCCAGCUUUGGAGUCACAGUUCCUCAUACUCCUAUUACCACAGGGACCCCUUUAAGCUUUACCUUCCAAAUCUUCUCCAUUUGUUCCUUCCCCCAAGUGUUUUCCUAGGGGAGACUCAUGCUCCUUCUUUCUGUUGUUGUUAUCCGCUGGAAUUGCCACAUCUGUUCCUUGUCAACCACCAUUUUCUGGUUUGUUGGCUAGAAGCUGCUUGUCUGCCAAAAACUGGGAUGUCAGCCCUGUUGUUCUCAACACCUUCACUGGUGUCUCCCAUAUGCUGGAUUAGAAGUGGAUCGGAUAAUCUAAAGAUGUACUGGUACACUUAUAUCCUGCUACUAUGUGGUGGAUAGUGAGCCCUGUAGUUGUGCUGCCAUGAUCAGAGCCUGUGUGUUGUCCUUCAUGUUAGCCUUUUCUAGUCACUGCCUGGAUUUCUGGAUGU